AUGUCCGAAGAAGACGAGGAAGAAGAUGGGUCAAACGGGACCCCCACACCCUCCGUAUCCAGCACCUCCACCUCCGAGCUCGUACCCCCACCCGAAGGCCAAUCAUCCACUGCCCCUGAAUUGUCCCCGAUAUUCAAAGUAGCCCCAGCACCAUACGCAGGCGGUUUCGGUCUUUACGCGACACGCCCUAUCCGCCGCGGCACCCCUAUCUUCCUCGAGCGGCCCGCCCUCCUCCAACCGCCUUCAACGCGCUCAAACUCGACAAUAAUGGCCGCACUCGCUCGGUGCACGCGCGACGAGCAGCGCCAUUACUUUGCCCUUGCGAACUCAUUCAAGCACCCGCGCCCCGGCUUUCCCGCUCUCCUUCCCGCCCAGGGCAUCUUCGAAACCAACUUUCUCCCCUGUCCUCGCCCUCGCCGCAGAACCGCAUCAAAUAAAGGGGAGGAGAGAGACGAAGAACUCGACGGUAUUUUCCUCCAAGCCUCGCGCUUCAAUCACUCCUGCCGCCCGAACGUUGCCUUCGCGUGGGACCCGCACGCCGGCCGUGCGACGUUCCGCGCGCUGCGGGACGUGAGCGCGGGCGAAGAAAUGUGCAUCAACUACGCAGGCGUAGACGUGCUCGGGACGCUUGCGGAGAGGCGGUCUAUCGCGCUGGAGGACUUCGGAUUCCGGUGCGCGUGCGAGGUCUGUGCGUUGGAGGGCGAGGCUGCCGUGGAGAGCGAUCGGAGGCGUGCGGGCAUUCGCAGGCUGUUUGAAGACGUGGCGGAGUGUGGAAAGGAGCCAACGCUCGGAUUGCGCAAGAUCAAGAUCGCACUCCGAAUGCUCAAGGAGGAGCACCUCGUACACUACGAAGCGUCGUUCUGCUUCGACGCAUUUCAGUUCUGUGUUUCGGUAUCGGACUUCGCGAACGCCAAGGCCUGGGUCCGUAAGGCAUGGGAAGCCUCUUGUAAUACCUCCGGCCCCGACAGCCCCGCCGCGCGCACGUUCAAGACAUACUGGCUCAACCCUCGCUCCCACCAACUGGUGGGAACGCUCCCUCGUAUGAAGCUUUCAGGCCCCGAUUGA